GCAUGGUAGGAGUGUCUCUUUCGAUGAGUUUUUUGGAAUAUUUAUUUACACUCAAAAUGGAAAGAGUUUCAGACUGAAAGUCUCUCUGUCUCUUCAUCUCUUCAUCCCUCAAUAGAGUCUUUUCCCCUCCUCGUGUUAAGGAAAGAUACCCAUUUCCGUAGAGUCCUUAACAAUGGCGGGAUCAUCAACAGAGGGCCUUGUUGAAGUCAGAGAGGAAGCUAUGGUGUCCCUAGCUGGUGGAACCCCUACUAUUAGAAAAGCCCAUUUCAUCAGACCGUCCACGGACUCCAUUGUUGGCCGUUUCUGCAAGCUCCACUCUCUUUGUCAAUCCUCUGUACCGACCACUUUUGAGCCCACAAGUGGGACUUUGAAUGUCAAGUUUAAUGGUUGGAGAUACCCACAAAAAAAUUGGACGACUUGGGUGCAGAAGAUGGCUUCUUUGCAUGAAUCGACAUGGAAGAAAGCUGGUAUCUUUGAAGCCGUUAUGAAUUCUACGUACAAAAUACAAAGAAAUGAUGAUUUGGUCUUUGGGGUGGCAGAGAGAUGGUUUCACGGAACCAAGAGUUUCAUCUUUCCUUGGGGUGAGGCGACGAUCACUCUAGAAGAUGUGAUGAUAUUGGGAGGUUACUCUGUUUUGGGCUCCCCUGUUUUCAUCACUAUGGAAACUGAGGAACUGAAGGAAACAGAGAAGAAGCUCAAGAAUGCUAGGAAGGAGUUGAUUAGGACUGCAGCUAAGAAGGCGGACCAAUGCUUAUGGAAGAAGAAAUUCAUGGCUACUGGCAGCGAAAUCGAGCACGAGGCUUUUUUGGCGUUGUGGCUAUCAAGGUUUGUUUUCCCAUCCAAUACCAAUUCAAUUGCAAAAAGGGUUUUCCCUAUGGCCAUACACCUUGCUAGGGGCAACAGAGUGUCACUUGCACCCGCUGUUCUUGCUAACAUUUAUAGAGAUUUGAGUCGCUUGAAGGAAAUCAUUGUUGAAAAAAGAGAAUCAAAUAUUGAUGAGAAGAAUAAAGGUGAUAGAUUAGCAAGUAUCAUCCUUUGGUCACAAUUACAAUUAGUCCAGGUUUGGGUAUGGGAGAGGUUCUCAGUGGUGCAGCCGAAGCCAAAUUUGAUCAGAAACAGUGAGCCAAGAUUGGCUAGAUGGCAUGGCCUAAAGUACAAAGUGAAGAAUAUGAGAUCAGUUCUAGAUUCAGCCAAAGCAAGUUUUUAUUGGCGCCCUUAUGCUAAGACUCUAACAAACUGGAAACUACCCAAGUUUUAUGCAGAAACAGAAAUGUGGGUGUCGGUUGGUGCAGGUCUUGGUUUUGAUGAUGAAGUGUUAUCAUUUGCUAGAUGCUUAAUGGUUUCGGAGCUGGUUGGACUUGACAGUGUGGAACAAUAUCUUCCACAUAGGGUAUCAUUGCAAUUUGGAAUUGAUCAAGAUCUCCCUGGCUAUGUGCCUGCAUCAAAUGGGAUUCCUGAGAUUGCAUGGAACGAUUACACCAAGUCUGUUAAAGGUGGAAGAUUGUAUAUUCCAUCAAGGUUUUUCGAGGCAGAUGUUACAACACGGUACUUGGAAUGGUGGAAAGAAUCAGUAUUGAGCGUGCAGGACCAAGGAGCUUCUUCUCUAGCGUGCUGCUUCUCUGUCAGGAGCUUGAAGAGUUCAAAACGGAUUUUGAGAGGCAAAGAGAAAGAUAGCAAUGCAACUUCUGCUCGUCCUAUUGCUCCUAAAAUGAACUUGAAACGGAACAAGGAAGUAGACAAUGGAGGUCUUCCUCUGAAGUUAUUGAAAAGAUCAGCUCCAAGUUCUAAAGAAACUGGUGUUCCAAUUCUUCUUGAGUCUUCCUCAAGGAGUUCAGAGGGUUCAGCAAGGUGUUCAGAAGGAAAGAAGAAAACCAAUGCUGCUUCUCCUAUUGAUGUUGAUUCAGAAAGUUCGGUUGGUGUUUCACCAGUGGAAGAGGAAGAAAAUACUAAUUUUGGUUCUGCUAGCUCUCCUUUUAGGACUUCAAAGGAAGUACUUGAUGAUAGAGCUAGGAAGGAACUUGACAACUCUCCUUUCCCUCCAGGUUUUCCUCCAAAAUGCAAAAUGCAGGAAGCAAAGGGCUCUGUUGAUGAAACUAGUGAGAUCAUUAGAGGAGUUUUGAGAUCAUUAAGCAAGCUUGAUGAUGAUUUUGAAAAGUUAAGUGAAAUGGAAAGUCAUUCUUCAGAUUUUGUUGAUGAAGAUAAACUGACAAUUACAGAAAUGUGGAGAUACAAAAACAAGAUUGACAACGUUGAGUGUAGAGAGCCGGGAAGUCAUUCUUCAGAUUCCGUCAAUGGAGAUCAACUGACAACUGCAGAAGCGUUCAAAAACAGGAUUGACAAAGUUGAGUGCAAUGGCAGGAAUUCUUCUAGUCCAUGUCAAAUGUCUUUAAGAUCAUUAAGCAAGCUUGAUGAUGAUUUUGAAAAGUUGAGUGAACUGGAAAGUCAUUCUUUGGAUUCUUUCAAUGAAGAUAAACUGACCGUUACAGAAAUAUGGAGAUCCAAAAACAUGGUUGACGAAGUUGAAUGUAUAGAGCAGAGCAAUGGGAGGAAUUCUUCCAGUCCAUGUCAAAUGUCUUUAACCACGGGAAGUAGAGGAAGUUCGAGAUGUGUGGAGCUGCCAACAACAAAUGCAGAGAAGUUGAAGCCAAGUGAAGUUGCACGUGGAGGAUCAAAGGGAAGUAUUCAAGGUGUAAUUGAGAAUCUUGCAGAGAAUCAAAUGGUGAACAAUGAUUGCAGUGCUGAUCUUAGGGCCGUUGGUUUUGAUGAAAGGGAAAGCGAUAGAAAUAGCAAUAAGAUUCUGAUGCUGAGUUUUGAGUUUGACAACAUUGAAUCUCGAAUUGGCAAGGUGGAAAGGCUGCUUACUAAGCUUAAAACAACAAAAUCUUGCCAAAAGGGUCAGUAAAGUUGCUCUAGCUGCCUAAGUUAGCUUGGUUUUUGCCCCCUUUUACCUGAUACAUGAACAAGGUGGUCGUGCCUGCUACAAGCUUUUGUGUAAUGCUUUGUUCCCUUUCUUUCUCUGUGAAUUUUAUUGCACUUGUUGUUUCAGUUGAUUUUUCUUUAAUUGUUGUGCUGUCUGGAAUUCAUCAAUACUGUUAAUUUUGUUACAUGUUGCUGAUAGAUGUUGGAACUAAAUUUUUUCCAGCCAUAUAUGUUUCAGCUGUUUGAUGAAAUGUCUGUGAAAAAUGACAAUCAUGGCUAAUAAGUUCCAUGUAAUGUGUCAUUCGAUUUUGUAACCAUUUGAAAUAUGCAUUCAUCUUCGAUUGGAUCUUUGUGGCGUUUUUAGAGUUACAAGAAAGAAAUUGAUUUGUAAAUU